GCGUAAUUCAGGUAGCUCCAAUUCAAAGCUCCUUACCCAUUCUUCUCAACCUCUUAAAAGCUCUCAUCUCUAUCAAUUUUCUUAAUUCGCACGUGAAGAGUAGCUUAUUGUUAUAGCUGUUCCCACAUCGCUACCUUAGUACCCGUCUCUCCAAGCUCUAGCCUCGAAGGCUCGGAGCUACCAAAGAGCCAAAAUGAACAAAAAUUGGAAUGACAGAGCUGACAAGGACCUCUUUUUCACCAUCCUCUCCGUCAAAAACAUCGGCGUAAUAAGCGGCGGAGAAUGGACUACCAUUGGUAAUCACAUGCGAUCCCUAGGAUAUGGCUUCACAAAUGAGGGAUGCCGUCAACACUUCCAAGGCCUCCGCAGAGCCCAGCAUAAGGUUGAGACCAAUGGUAUAGAUGCUCAGCGCAGAUCUGACCCUACUCAAAACCCCAUCACACGGCGUCCCGGUCCAGGUCGUGGGCGGCCUAGGAAACAACCCCCAGCACCCAUUGCUGGUCUCAGUCAAGUAUCUUCCCCCGGAGUACCAGGUCAAGUUCACGACGACGAGGAAGAUGCUACAGCUCCCCAUCGUGGCAUAUCCGUUCAAAUCCCUAGCGAGGAGGCAGACUCUUUAGGCCUAGUGCAGGACGACUCGGGUCUUGACGAGCAACCGUCAAAACGUCAGCGGCUCGAUGAGGACGAUCAGCAACAGACUGAUGAUGCAGCCGUCCUGUCGUUAGCAGCAGAUGGGUUGACUGGACCCGAAGAUCAUUAUGGCCCACCUGAGUUCUAUGGAGAAGCCUAGUGGUUAUAAUCAUUUCCGCCCAGCAAUCAUCUCCGCCCCUGAGGGAACGUUCUGGCAUAAUCUACCAUAAAAUAGCUGGUCGAGGCUCCUAUUGCAAGGCGUAGUUGUUAGACCAUGGCCAGCCAACAACAGUUCGGUAGUCAACAGUCUACAUUAUAUGGUUGUUUAUUCAAGCUACGUUAUUUUUAAUCUGAAGUCAAUAGAUCACAAAGACUCGCGUUUGCUUCUCUUACGAAUGGGGAAAUCAGAGGAAUAUAUCCGGGCAAUUUCUGUACAACACUGCGGCAUCGCGUUGAUCGGUAGUUUGGAGUUAUAAGCGGGCUAGUUAUUAUCGGGAUAAAUUUUAUUGAUAGCCAAUAAUUCCAGCUAUUCUACACGAAGGUCUCUUGAGA